AACGCGACGGCUUCUUCUUUCAGAAAACAUAACGGAGAGAGAGAGAGAGAGAGCACAACGAUACAGAAGAGAAGCGAAGGUCGCAGAGAGAAGAAACACGCGGCGACAGAGAUUUCCCGGCGAAACGGGAACAGAUAGAUAAUAGAUUUAGUGAGAGCUUCUAGGGUUUUCUUCUCGAUUUGUCUUCUUUGACCUCGAUCUAUUCUCUUCUUCUGGAUAAAUUUUCAUCCUUCUCACGUUCAUUCAAAUUCCUCCCAGCUCCAUUCAAGGUUUCUUGAUCCGUUUCUCUAGGUUUCCUUAUCCUCCCGGUUGUUGACGGCGACGAACUUGGGCGGUGGAUUCUGAAGCAUGAGUGUUGAUUUCCCCGGAAAAGGGGAAACUUAGGGAAGCGUUGGGUAAAAGAGAAAUUGGUGGGGUUUCCAUGAGCGAUGGGGGUGUCGCAUGCAUGCCUCUGCUGAAUAUCAUGGAAAAGCUUCCAACUGUGGAGAAGACGCUUUGUGGAGGCAACAAUGACACCAAGAGUGCUGGUACUUCGGAGAAUGGUCACACAUCAAUCUCAAAUAAGCUCCCGGAGUCUCAGCCAGCUAAACCCUCAGCGUCUCAGCCACCUAAGAAGAAGAGAAUUGUGAAGGUAAUUCGUAAAGUUGUCGUGAGGAAGCCCAAGCAGAAACAACCGCAGAAACAAGCAGAGGAGCAGCCGAAACUGCAGGUAGUGCAACCCCCUGGAGAAUCUCAGCUGCAGCCGAAAGAUCAGGAUGAGCAAGAUAAGAAGAGCGAAUCUGUUCAGGGAAAAGGAGGAACUGUGGAAAACGGUGGAGACUCUGGGUUUAAGGAUGAAGUGGAAGAAGGUGAAUUGGGUACGAUAAAGUCUCAUGUGGGUUUGGAGAACGGUGAGAUCUCUCCAGUAUUGUCGUUGCAGAGGAGUGAGAUCGAAAAGGGCGAGAUCGCUGGGGAGAGUUGGAAGAAGGAUGAAACCACGAAGGGGGAUUUCAGUAACCUGCAGUAUCAUAAAGGGUAUGUGGAGAGAAGGGAUUUUUCCACAGAUAAGUACAGGAAAGAAGAGAGAGAAUUCAGAUCAUGGAGAGAUCCCAGUGAUGAAAUUGAGAAUGGGGAGUUCAUCCCAGACAGAUGGCAUAAGGAUGAUCAUAGUUACACCAGAUCUCGUAGGAAUGGAGCAGACAGAGAGAGAACGUGGAAAUAUGAAUAUGAUUAUGAACACGAACGAACCCCGCCUGGUGGAAGGUUUGCGAAUGAUGAUAUGUAUCGCCGGAGAGAGUUCAGAAGUGGGAAUGAAAGAGCUUCGAGGAUCAGUUCUAAAAUUGUAAUAGAGGAUAAUUCACACAAGAACGAAUACAACAAUCCCAAUAAUCUCGUAAAGGAGUACUCUUCUACUGUGAACAAAUUGAAGCGACACGCAGCUGAACCAGAUAGCACUGAGCGCAAACACCCCUAUGCUGAUUAUGGGGAUUAUGGAAGCUCCAAGUAUAGAAAAGUUUCUGAUGAUUGUUCCCGCUCUCUUCACUCUGACCACUAUUCGCGGAACUCUCUGGAGAGAAUGUACAGAGAUUCCUAUUCAUCAAAAACUUCAUCUCUGGAAAAGUAUCCUAGAAAGUACCAAGACUCAUCUUUCCCUGCCAGGGCUUUUCCAGACAGACAUGGACACAGCCCUGCACGAUCUGAACGGUCCCCACACGACCGGUCUAGGUACCAUGAACACAGAGAUAGAAGUCCAGUCCAUCGGGAGAGGUCGCCAUAUGCCCGAGAGAGAUCGCCAUACAUCUUUGAGAAGUCUUCACAUGCUCAUAAAAGGUCUCCACGUGACCUCAGCCGACACCAUGAUUAUAGAAGAAGUCCAAGUUACUCGGAGUGGUCACCUCAUAGGCCUAGUGAUCGCAGGGACUGUACUCCUAACUAUCUGGAAGAUCCCCAGAGCGAUCGUAACAGGCGUAAUGGCCACAGAGAAAUAAGCAGAAAAGGUGGAGUUAGGGAGAGGAGAGAUUCUCAGAUUGGUAUGGAGCUUGAGAAGAAGCACAGAAAUAAGGAUUCUAAUGGAAAAGAGUCGACCUCAUCAAACAAAGAAUCGCAAGGUAAAAACGUUUUGUACAACAAUAAUCCGGUGGCUGAGAAAAAUUCUGUCGGUUAUCAAACCAAGAUUCCAAGUCCGUGUGUAAAAGGAAAAGAAUCUGUGCAAGUUGGCGAAACCCCUUCCGAAGAGUUGCCAUCAAUGGAGGUAGAUAUGGACAUUUGUGACACACCACCUCAUGAGCCUUCGGCGACUGACACAACACCGCAUGAGCCUAUGGCGGCUGAUUUAUCCUUGGGGAAGUGGUUUUAUCUUGAUUACUGUGGCGUGGAACAUGGGCCUGCAAAGUUAUCCGAGCUUAAAGCUCGUAUGGAGCAAGGCAUUCUUUUCUCUGAUCAUAUGAUUAAACAUUCAGAUCAUAAUAGGUGGGUCACUAUUGAAAAUGCAUCAUCUCCUGUGGUCACCAUGAAUUUUCCAUCGGUAGUGUCAGAUGCAGUGACACAGCUUGUCAAUCCUCCUGAAGCGCCAGGUAAUUUACUAGAAGAUAUUUCAGAUGCUGGCGAAGCAGUUUCUAUGGAGCAGGAAGCUGGAGAUUCCUUGCCUGAUUCAGGGUCCAUACUUGAUUCAAAUGAAGAUUUAGUAGAUCAUCAUGAAAAUUUCCAAAUUGAUAAGAGGAUCGCGAGUCUCUUGGAGGGUUAUACUAUCACCCCUGGCAGGGAACUUGAAACACUUGGAGAAGCACUACAGGUUGAAGUAGAGCUUGAAGAGACGAGAAGUUCUGUGAGUUUGGAAGUUUCCAUUCCCAACUUUGCCAACUUCUCUUACUAUCAGGAAACAGAACGAUACAAAUGUGUAUAUCUACUAUAUAUCACCUGGCAUCGCUAUGAAGUGGAAGAUCCGGAGGGUCACCUGGCUAAGAAGUUGUCGGUACGUUCCGAGCCCAAGACAAAGGAGAUCGGAGAAUUUCAGUCAGACAAUGUUGAUAGUUUGGAGAGCCAUGAGACAGGUAGCUGGUUUUCAGGUCGGUGGUCUUGCAAAGGCGGGGACUGGAUAAGACACGAUGAAGCUUCUCAAGAUAGAUAUUACAAAAAGAAAAGGGUUCUGAAUGAUGGUUUCCCGUUGUGCUUGAUGCAUAAGUCUGGUUAUGAGGAUCCUCGGCGGCAUCACAAGGAUGAUUUGUAUCUUCCUCUCGGUAGCUCUAGGCUUGAACUUCCCCUGUGGGCUUUUUCUGGUGUAGAUGAGAGAAAUCAAGCGAGGGGAGUAAAGGCUAGUGUGCUGUCUGUAGUCAGGCUUAACUCAUUGGUGGUUAAUGAUCAAGUUUCAUCAGUUCCUGAUCCCCGUGUAAAAGCUCGUGGUAGGGAAAAGUGCUCUUCAAGGCCUGCUCGUCCAUCCCCUGCAUCUGGUGAUUCCAAGAGGGAAUCAGUCGAAAGUCAUUCUCAAUCAACAGCUUGCGAUAGUCAAGAUAUGCAGGGAUUUUGGAGAACCGACAAAUCUGGUAACACCCCUAGGGAUCGUCUGUGUACAGUUGAUGAUUUGCAAUUGCAUUUGGGUGAUUGGUUCUACAUGGAUGGGGCUGGGCAAGAACAAGGACCUCUGCCAUUUUCGGCGCUCCAGAUAUUGGUGGAUAAAGGUUUCAUAAAGAGCCACAGCAGUGUCUUCAGGAAAUCUGAUAAAAUCUGGGUCCCUGUUACUUCUAUCACAAAAACUCCUGAAACCAUUGCCAAGGUUGAGGGGAAAAACCCAGCUAUGCCUUCAGAUUGUAAAGGCCUUGUUGUCGCAGAGUCACAUGAUUCCAAUCUUUCUGAAGUGGGCACAAGUCUAAGCUCGUUCCAUGGUAUGCACCCUCAGUUUAUUGGUUAUUUCCGUGGGAAACUCCAUCAGUUGGUUAUGAAAACAUUCAAGAGCCGGGAGUUUUCUGCUGCCAUAAACGAUUUUUUAGACUCUUGGAUCCAUGCAAGACAGCCAAAGAAAGACACUGACAAGUACAUGUACCAAUCUUCAGAAUUUGAUUCAUGCUAUACGAAAAGAGCUCGAUUGAUGGCUGGUGGAAGUGGAGAAGAAUCUGAAGUGAAAGAUGCACAAAUGUGUCAGGAGGAUGAGUUAGCAUUUGAGGAUUUAUGUGGGGACGCUACCUUCCAUGUUGAAGCAAGUGGAUCUUCUGGCACCGUAGGGAUUUACUGGGGUCUGUUGGAUGGUCAUGCACUAGCAAGGGUGUUUCAUUUGUUGAGAUAUGAUGUAAAAUCACUUGCAUGUGCCUCCAUGACUUGUAGACAUUGGAAGGCCACUGUUAAUUCAUACAAGGAUAUUUCAAGACAAGUUGACUUAUCAUCUUUGGGUCCUAACUGCACAGAUUCUAUGCUCUGGAGUAUCAUGAACACUUACAACAAGGAGAAGAUAGACUCUAUAAUUCUGGUCGGCUGUACAAACGUGACUGCUAGCAUGCUUGAGGAAAUUCUUCGUUUAUUUACCCAUAUAUCUUCUGUAGACAUCACAGGCUGCUCCCAGUUUGGGGGUUUGACACUGAACUAUAAAAAUGUAAGUUGGCUCAGACGCCAGCAUCCUCGAUCAGGUGAUUUGCAUACCAGAUUAAGGAGUCUGAAACAGAUUCCAGAUGUUGCUAAGUCUAAGGGCUUAGGGGGCGAUACAGAUGAUUUUGGUAACCUUAAGGAUUACUUUGAUCGAGUCGAAAAGCGAGACUCAGCCAAUGAGUUAUUCCGAAGAAGCUUAUACAAACGCUCAAAAUUGUAUGAUGCAAGGAGAUCAUCGGCGAUUCUAUCCAGGGAUGCUCGUAUCAGGCGAUGGGCGAUUAAAAAGUCAGAACACGGGUAUAAGCGAGUGGAGGAAUUCCUUGCUUCAAGCCUUAGAGGCAUCAUGAAGCAGAAUACUUUUGACUUCUUUGCUUUAAAGGUUGCUCAAAUAGAGGAAAAAAUGAAAAACGGUUACUAUGUUAGUCAUGGUUUGAGAUCUGUCAAGGAGGAUAUCAGCCGGAUGUGCAGGGAAGCAAUUAAAGGGAGAAAUCGGGGAGGCGCAAAAGACAUAAACCGGAUCAUCGCACUGUUUAUUCAACUUGCAACACGUUUGGAAGAGGUCUCGAUGAUUACUUCUUCAUAUGGAAGAGAUGAAUUAAUGAAGUCAUGGCAAGAUGGCUCAGGGCUCUCAUCAGCCUCUAAGUACAACAAGAAGUUGAGCAAAUCAGUAACUGAAAAGAGGUACAUGAGCCGGACUAGUGACACAUUUGGUGGAAAUGGUGCUUUGGAUUACGGAGAAUAUGCAUCUGACCGAGAAAUCAAAAGGCGUUUGUCUAAACUGAAUCGUAAAUCAUUUAGUUCGGGAAGUGAAACAUCUUCCGAUCUUUCUGACAAUGGCAAGAGUGAAAAUUAUAGCUCAGCUUCAGCUUCAGAAAGUGAAUCGGAUAUCCGUUCAGAAGGUCGAUCACAGGACUCACGCGUCGAAAGAUACUUCACAACAGACGAAUCCUUUGAUUCUGUGACUGAAGAGCGUGAAUGGGGUGCACGAAUGACCAAAGCUAGUCUUGUGCCACCAGUCACUAGGAAGUAUGAAGUGAUUGAAAAGUACGCAAUUGUCGCGGACGAGGAGGAGGUACAACGAAAGAUGCGGGUUUCUUUACCAGAGGACUAUGGUGAGAAGCUUAAUGCACAAAGAAAUGGUAUUGAAGAGUUAGAUAUGGAACUUCCUGAAGUCAAGGAGUAUAAACCAAGAAAGCGACUUGGCAAUGAGGUUUUAGAGCAAGAGGUUUAUGGAAUCGAUCCUUACACCCAUAACCUCUUACUUGAUUCAAUGCCUGGAGAAUUGGACUGGUCACUGCAGGAUAAACAUUCAUUUAUAGAAGAUGUAGUCUUACGUACCCUGAACAGACAAGUCAGGCUGUUCACUGGAUCUGGAAACACCCCCAUGGUAUUCCCUUUAAGGCCUGUGAUUGAAGAGCUCAAAGAGAGUGCUCGUGAAGAGUGUGAUAUACGAACACUGAGGAUGUGUCAAGGCGUCUUAAAGGCUAUAGAAAUUCGUUCUGAUGAUAAUUAUGUUUCUUAUCGGAAGGGCCUCGGUGUUGUGUGCAACAAACAAGGUGGUUUUGUCGAAGAAGAUUUUGUUGUUGAAUUUCUUGGAGAGGUUUAUCCUGUUUGGAAGUGGUUUGAGAAGCAAGAUGGAAUUCGUUCCUUACAGGAAAACAAAACUGAUCCUGCACCAGAGUUUUACAAUAUAUAUCUUGAAAGACCAAAGGGUGAUGCCGAUGGAUAUGAUUUAGUUGUUGUUGAUGCCAUGCACAAGGCUAACUAUGCGAGUCGAAUCUGUCACUCUUGCCGACCUAACUGUGAAGCUAAGGUUACUGCGGUGGAUGGACACUACCAGAUUGGCAUCUAUUCAGUACGUUCUAUUGAAUACGGCGAAGAGAUAACUUUUGAUUACAAUUCUGUAACUGAGAGUAAGGAAGAAUAUGAAGCGUCUGUUUGCUUGUGCGGUAGCCAAGUAUGCAGAGGCAGCUACUUGAAUCUCACUGGCGAAGGUGCAUUUCAGAAGGUGUUGAAGGAAUGGCAUGGUCUGCUGGAUCGACACAGACUGAUGCUAGAAGCUUGUGUACUGAAUUCAGUUUCAGAAGAAGAUUAUCUGGAGUUGGGAAGAGCUGGACUGGGAAGUUGUUUACUUGGUGGGCUACCAGAUUGGGUGGUUGCGUAUUCUGCUCGUGUGGUGCGGUUCAUUAACCUCGAGAGAACUAAGCUUCCAGGUGAAAUUCUUAAGCAUAAUUUGGAAGAGAAGAGGAAAUAUUUUUCAGAUAUACACCUUGAUGUUGAGAAAAGUGAUGCUGAGGUUCAGGCUGAGGGUGUCUACAAUCAGAGGCUUCAAAAUUUGGCUGUUACACUUGACAAGGUAAGAUAUGUUAUGAGACGUGUGUUUGGGGAUCCAAAGAACGCUCCUCCUCCGCUGGAGAGGCUUUCUCCUGAAGAAACAGUCUCAUUUUUAUGGAGCGGGGAUGGCUCCUUCGUUGGUGAGCUUCUUCAGUGCCUGUCACAACACGUGGAAGAAGGCAUUAUUAAUGAACUCAGAUCCAAGAUUCGUGCCCAUGAUCCAUCUGGAUCUGCUGAUGUCCUUAAGGAACUUCAGAGAUCAUUACUUUGGUUGAGAGAUGAGAUCCGAGAGCUUCCUUGUACAUACAAGUGUCGGAAUGAUGCUGCAGCUGAUUUGAUUCACAUUUAUGCCUACACAAAGUGCUUCUUCAAAGUUCGGGAAUACAAGUCCUUUAUCUCUUCUCCUGUAUACAUUAGCCCGUUAGAUUUGGGGGCCAAGUAUGCUGACAAGUUAGGCGAGAGUAUAAAGGAGUACCGGAAGACUUAUGGCGAGAACUAUUGUCUCGGGCAGCUAAUUUACUGGUAUGAACAGACAAACAGUGAUCCAGAUGUUACGCUGGUGAAAGCAACCAGAGGUUGCUUGUCUUUACCAGAUGUUGCUUCCUUCUAUGCAAAGGUUCACAAAUCAUCUAAGAAUCGUGUUUAUGGCCCAAAGACAGUGAAAACAAUGGUUUCACAGAUGUGUAAGCAACCUCAAAAACCGUGGGCAAAGGACAAAAUAUGGAUGUUCAAAAGCUCUCCGGGAGUAUUCGGAAGCCCGAUGUUCGAUGCCAACCUCAAUGACUCGUCACUCGAUAAAGAACUGUUGCAGUGGCUAAGAAACAGACGGCAUGUCUUCCAAGCGACAUGGGAUAGUUAGUUAAAAAAAAGGGAAACCUUUAUUAUUCUAGAAGGUUUCCCUUUCGGGAAAGAGAGCAGCCAAGGCAAAACACACAGUUACUAUAGAUAGUCUUUUAUCAAGUGAGCCCUCAGCUUUCCCCACCCCACAUUCUUGUGUAUAGCUUUUGCCAUAUAUGUGAUUUUGGAAAAUUGACAAUAGCUUCUUUGGGUUAAUUGUUAUUCUCAUUAGAUUUAGGCUCACAUAAUUUUCAGAGAGGAGAAUCAUUUGACUAGCUUGUAUCUCCUCUUACCUUAGCAAUAAAAUUUCUCGUGUUCUUGUUCCUAUAUCUAUUAAACCUUGGCACCAAAGAAGAAAAGAAGGAAUAUAAAUCCAAGGUUAUACAAUCUUUC